AGCAGUCGGGAGUGACAAGGAAGACAAAGAAUCAACUAAAUCACAAAAAAAAGAAGAAAAAUAGCACAGGGAUCCAGUUUGAUGCCGGCAACAAUGUGUUGUCAUGAUUUGUUGAUGAGGGAUGCCAUGCUUUCUGCCUACACCCCAAUGACUACCUGCGGCUCGGCUGUUGAUGCGGGAGGUGCUGUAGGGCCCUACUGCCUAACACUUGCUGACGAGGACAUCCUUGCAAAGAAUGAGAUCGUGGAUCCUAGCAUCGGCUUCCAGAAAAGGAAGGAAUGGCUGCUUUUGACUACACCUGAGGGAGAAAGGUACCGCCAGGCUGAAAGGGCAGCCCGGCACCAGAAGAUACGGCGGUACCUGUCAGAAAAGCUGUCCAAUCUCAAGAGAAAUCACUACAAAGGUAUGUGCAUCUAUACUCUAACUUCCUUAAAUAAGUAA